AUGGCAGUCGCCACUUUGCCAGUGAUUGAUCUCGACAUCUUUCGCGAGAAUCCGACUAGCGUCGCUGCUCGUAGCGAAUGUCUCAAGGCCGCAGACGCCUUGAUAACGUACGGUGCUCUCGUAGUCAAAGAUUCUCGAGUCACCGAGGACGAUAACAACAACUUCUUGGACAUCCUCGAGGACUACUUUGCGCUGCCCACCGAAGAGCUCAAGAAGGACGAACGAAAAGAAUACGGCUAUCAGGUCGGUGUUACACUCGAGAAUACGGAGAAGCCCAAGUGCAAGUCGGACGAAAACUGCCUCAGGAUUAUCGAGAGGCUUGCACCGACGGAACGCCCCCUUGACAUCUUGGCUCAUGGUGCAGACCCGAAAUGCCGCUUCUUUUGGAAGAUGACCGAAGACCCGCCGUACAAGACGGCAUUCCCUUCUCUCAACAUGCCGAAUGUCGUCCCUGAGCGCUUCCAGGACGUCUGGGCCUCCACUUUGAACAAGUGGGGACAGUCUAUGAAGGAUGCUGUGGAAGGAGUGGCACAGAUGAGUGCUAUCGGUCUUGGGCUUGACGCAGGGACCUUUAAAGAUGCUGGUCGUUAUGGGCCUCAUCUUCUUGCUCCAACUGCCUCCGACCUGAAUAAGUAUGGGGCAAAAGAUACUAUUUUGGCUGGCUUUCACUCGGAUCUCAACUUUCUGACCAUCCAUGGUCGCUCUCGCUAUCCUGGAUUGCAUAUCUGGGCUCGUAACACUGGUCAACGUAUCCCUGUCUCCAUCCCUCCUGGACGGAAUCUCCUUGUCCAAGCUGGAAAGCAAUUUGAGCACAUCACUGGAGGCCUCAUCAAGGCUGGAUUACACGAAGUCGUUGUUAAUUCUAAGACAAUCGAAGUAAUUGAGAAAAGAAAGGUAGAGAACCCCGACCGGCCUCUCAUUCGCAUCUCGAGCACUUUCUUCUGGCACCUCAGCUCCGACGUGGAUCUAGAGCCGAUUCCCGAACUCAAGGAGCGUGCAGAGACUCUCAGAACACUCAAUGGAGAAGAUAAGGAGGAGUAUCCCAAGAUGAAGGUUGGGGAACAAGUUCAGAACGAGCUCCGCCAUAUUGCACUCAUGGCCUGA